AUGGGCGUGGUGGAGGCGCUGCUGUUCCCCGAAGUGAGUGAGUACAUCGACGACAUCAAGGCGGCUGUGGCAGCCUUUCUCGGCUUCUUCACCCCAUACGAGCUAGCUGUGGCAGCCAGUAUUCGACCGGUGGCGGUGGCUGAGGACAAGGCCAUGGCUAUCGAGUCCAACGAGGGCUUGCUGGCGUACAUGAGAGCCAAUGUGAAGCGGUUGGACAUCGAAGUGGCAUACUCGCCAGCAGAUGCAAGGGCUGACCCCGAGGUCAUGGUCAAGAUCGCACGUCCAGGGAUCGGCGCGGGCGAGGUCUAUCCGUUGGAGAUUGUGGCCUACAAGCUGAGCCACGAUGGUGUGGCUGAAGAGAUGGACGAUGCUGGCGAGUUUGCCUCGGCCUCGCACUGGGUUCUCCCAGCGGUGGAGUUUGAUGGCGUGUGGGAGUCGCUCGUCUAUGACUCGGCCAUCAAGGCAAAUCUGGUGCGGUACGUCCAGGUGGCGAUGCAGCUCUCGGACGCCGGUGUCGACACCAAUUUGGUGGCCUUUAACCGGGUGGUGCUUCUGCAUGGCCCGCCGGGAACCGGCAAGACCUCGCUGUGCAAGGCGCUUGCCCACAAGCUUGCCAUCCGGCUCUCGUCGCGGUACGCCCACGGGCAGCUGAUCGAGAUCAACGCGCACUCGCUCUUCUCCAAGUGGUUCUCCGAGUCGGGCAAGCUCGUCACCAGGCUCUUCUCCAUGAUUCGCGAGCUGGUCGCCGACUCGGACACCUUUGUCGUCGUUCUCAUCGACGAGGUCGAGUCCCUGACCGCGGCGCGGACGUCGGCGCUGGCCGGGACUGAGCCGUCUGACUCGAUCCGGGUCGUCAACGCCCUGCUCACCCAGAUCGACCUCAUCAAGGCAUACCCGAACGUCGCCAUUCUCACGACGUCUAACAUCACUGGGGCCAUCGACCUCGCCUUUGUCGACCGGGCGGACAUUAAGCAGUUCAUCGGCCUGCCUUCGCGCUCGGCGCGCUACGGCAUCCUCGCGUCGUCGGUGACCGAUCUCAUGCGAGCCGGCGUUGUCCAAGCGCCGACCGCUGGGCCGACAGGCUGCAUCUCUGGUGCCGGUCCAUUCUUCUUUGCCUACGACGAGCUGAUGGCUGCUGAGGCCUCGGACGCGCUGGCGGUCUCGCUCGCCCUCCUCGACGUGGCCGAUGCUGCCCAGGGCCUCUCGGGCCGCUCGCUGCGCAAGCUCCCGGUCGCCGCCCUCGUCGCCGUCUCAUCGGCCACCCAGCUCAACGUCGCCGCUGACAUCUUCCUCGCAGGCCUUCUCGCGGCCGCCGAGGCCGAGAUGGCCUCUCGCGCUGCCCUCGACGCGCCGCCCGACACCGCCGCCCACGGCGCUGAUGACAUUCCGCGCGCCCGGGCCUGACGCCCCCAGGCGUGCUUAGCUCAGACCUGAACUGCCCGAGCCUGAUGCGCACGUAGCCUUCUCCCUCUCCCGCCCUUCCACAGCCUGGGGACAAGGAGGGCGAGAACGGUUGCGCUGACGCGAGCAUUGAUUGUGGGGAGAGUUAACGAUUAUGUCAAAGAGACCAUUGAUUACGACGAGUCUACGAUUACUCGGACGAGACCAUUGAUUAAACUCACCGCUCUCA